UUAUCUUGAUGUUACUCCUUUUCCUAUAUAUUAAUAAAAAAAUGUGUUUUGAAACUGUUGCUGGCUUCCCAGACCUUGAUUCAGGAUACAGCGCAAGAAAGAAUUCACAAGACAAACUUUGUAUAGAAUAAAAGUACACAUUUCUUUUUUCCCCACACAUUUUGUUUUUGUUUUGUUUUUUCUUUUUUUCCAGUAAUCCAUUGUAUUAUUGCUAGUUGUUCCUGAAUUAUGGCAAAAGACUUCACGUUUUUACAGUGGAAAAAUAUUGUAUGACGCGAGUUGAUUUUUCACUUCAUUUUGAGGAUUUUUCUGCCUUGAUUUAUUAAUUCUUUCAGUGCUUACAAAAUCUGGGGAAAGAGCAAAGCUGCUGUGGCCCUGGUUUAUAUAACUGAGAUAACAAAGCUAACUCACCAUAAUAUUGAAUUUGGCUGUGCUUGAAGAAUUCACAAAACAAAAGACUUUUCUACAAAGUGCUUUGGUGAAUAAAGAAAUUAGACAAAUGGCAUUUUUUAAAAACUUUCAACAAAAUCUGAACCUUCCUUCUGUGUCUUCUCUGGUUGACACGCUUAGCAGUGCUGUAGAUGAUCUGACCAGUGCUGUUGGAGAAGUUGGUUACUGUGUAGCUGAUUCAGUCACAGAGCAGGUAACGAGUAUGAUUAAUGGCUUUCGCACAGAAGAUGAAAAUUUUAGAACACAGGAAGAUAAAGCAGUGCCAGUUAAAGAUGAAGCUAUAACGUCAUUACCAGAUUCUAAGGAGACAAAUAUGAAAGAGAACUUGUGUGCUACCGAAGAUAAAAAUAAACAAACUAAUUAUAAUUCAUUAAAUGUUGCAAAACAAGAUACAGCUCAAGACAGAUCAUCCCAUUAUGUCAAGGACAAACACCAAUAUCAGUUAAAGCAGAGUGAUGCUAAUAAACACUUCAGUGAUAAGGAAGACUUGGAAAAAGUAGGAAGACCUGUUAAAAGCAAAGGAGAGAAAGGAAAGGAGUACUUGGUAAAUGAAAAGUUCUCAAAGGACAAUAGUCUGAAGAGUAGUAAACUUGUAGCAGAAGAAUCUGUCAUUAAGAAACCCAAUAGUGGGUUGCAAGUCAUAUCGGAGAAUUCAAAGAGACACUUGCCUAAAAAAGGUAAACCAAGAUCAUCAGCAGUUGAUUUUAAAGACCACAGAGAAGUUCAUGGUACAAAUGUGUCCAAGCAUUUGGAAACAAAAGUAAAUGAAGCACAAAAGCAAAGCUUUUCAGAGUCUAAUUUGAAAAAGGCACAAAAAGAUUGUGUUAAAGAAGUGAAAGAAAAUAAAUGUAAAGCGUUUUCUGAUGGCAAAGGACAACCCUUAAUGAAGCAUGAAGAAAACGCCUCAACUACCCUAUCAAAAGAAGGUAAAAAAAGAAACUAUAAAGAAGCAGAAAAAAAUGCAAGAGAAGUAAGUAGUAUGAAAACAACAGAAAAAGACAACUCGUACAUGAAUAAAGACCAGCAUGGCUCAUCUUCUGAAAGUGAAGAUGAGGCACUGGGUAAAUACCAUGAAGCCUUGUCCAGAACACACAGUUCCAGACCAACAGUGGUAGAUAGCAGGCAGCAGAAAAAUUACCUUUGGGAAACCAGACAAAAAUAUAGCCCUCUGUCUGCAGAGUAUGAUGGUUACAGUAGUGAAGCUUCAAUAGAUGAAGCAAACUGCAUUCAAAGAAUGAGAAGAACACCUCCGCUGGAUGAACUGCAGCCUCCACCAUAUCAGGAUGAUAGUGGUUCUCCUCACCUCUCCUGUACACCCUCUGAAGUUGGUGAUGGUAAAUGUGAAUUUUCCCACUGUAGCAACAGCCCAAGAUGUUCAUACAAGUGCCCAAGUGAGGGAAGCACUGGACAUGAAAUAGAAAGCUUUCAUAAUAAAGGAUAUGAAGAGGAUGUACCCAGUGAUAGUACAGCUGUCCUUAGCCCAGAGGAUAUGUCAGCUCGAGGAUCAUCUUCACAGCUUCCUAAACCUUUUGAUCCUGAGCCAGUAGCUAAAUAUGGCACACUGGAUGUGACUUUUGACUAUGACUCACAAGAACAGAAGCUUCUGGUAACAGUGACAGCUGUCACAGACAUACCAACAUAUAACAGGACAGGUGGAAACUCAUGGCAAGUACACCUAGUUCUUCUACCUAUAAAGAAACAGAGAGCAAAAACCAGCAUCCAGCGGGGACCAUGCCCUGUCUUCACUGAGACAUUCAAAUUUAAUCAUGUUGAAUCUGAGAUGAUUGGGAAUUACGCAGUUCGUUUUAGACUGUACAGUGUACGUCGUGUGAAAAAAGAGAGGAUUGUGGGGGAAAAGAUUUUUUACUUAACAAAAUUGAAUCUUCAAGGGAAGAUGUCAGUACCAGUGAUCUUGGAACCUUCUUACAGUAUUUCUGGCUGUGACUCCCAAAUGAGCAUGUCAGAAAUGUCCUGUAGUGAAAGUACCUCCUCUUGUCAGUCUCUGGUACAUGGCUCAGCUCCAGAAAUCCUCAUUGGCCUGCUUUAUAAUGCCACAACUGGAAGACUAUCAGCAGAAGUGAUAAAAGGCAGCCACUUCAAAAACUUGGCAGCAAACAGACCACCCAAUACAUACGUUAAGUUAACUCUGCUGAAUUCCAUGGGUCAGGAGAUGUCCAAAUGCAAAACGUCGAUUCGACGAGGCCAGCCAAACCCUGUGUAUAAAGAAACCUUCAUUUUUCAAGUGGCACUAUUUCAGCUUUCAGAUGUGACGCUCAUUCUGUCUGUGUACAAUAAACGCAGCAUGAAACGAAAAGAAAUGAUAGGCUGGAUUUCUUUAGGUCUCAACAGCUCAGGAGAAGAGGAAUUAAAUCAUUGGACUGAAAUGAAGGAAUCGAAAGGACAGCAAGUAUGUAGAUGGCACACGUUACUAGAAUCUUAACGGACAGCACAAGGGGCAGUUGUGGUUCCAGGGAGUUCUGUGUUUCAACAAGAUCGUCCUUUAGUCAUGACUAAGGGAUCUCUUGCAGAAGUGAAGAAGUAAACAUUCCACCUUAAAGAAUGCACAACAUGCUACGGAGCAAAGCAUCUUAUACAUCUUUCUCUCUUAAUUAUCAGAUACCUCACUGGUGUCAGAUAAACCAUACUAUCCACAGACGAGACAGGAAUCCCUCCAUCCACCUGAUGCUUUCAGUAUUGUGUUGAUUUGAUUUGAUUUUCUGUUUAGCAAUUCAGAAAUAUUUUAUGUAAAAAUCUCCAAAUCAUUGUAAAAUCUUUCUACCGUGUUUUUAGUGUUCUGAUGUAGCUUAAAAACUGCUAACGUUCAGAUUUAGGGACACUGACGUUUAAUGCUAGAAAAAUUAAGCUGUGAAACAAAAAUCACCACUGGGAAGGAAGCUUAAUAUUAUUGAAUAUAUGAAUAUUUUAUUUUAGAUUGAUUUUGUCUUCAAGGCAUUUAGUUGAUUUCACUUUUCAUUUCUGAUAUGAAGUUAGUUUGAAAAACACUAGGACUCUGUGGCAUUGGGUGAGCUUUGAAAUAAAAUAAAUAUUUCUACAGUUUGACAGGAACAAGAUCUGUGUUAUGGCAUAAGUUGGGUUUUCCCCAUUUGCUUGUGAUUCUGCCUAAUGCAGAGAGACCAGGUCACUGUUCUGGUCCCUUGCACGUCUUCUUAGACAGGUUGUACUGUAAAACUAUGUAACUUUCUGUUGAAAGCAUUUCCUGUAUUCUUGUAUUCCAAUAUAGGAAACACAUAGGGCAUGUCUUUACCUAAAAUAUCUUUUCAAGAAAUAGUGAAGAUUGUCAAUACUGUGAAGAUUAUGUUAAAUGACCACAAAUGAAACAGUAAUAGUGUUUGAAGAUGAGAGUGAUUCUAUGAUUUUGGGCAAAAGUAGGUUACUUCUGUCUCCUGUGACUGGUCAUAAGCAUGUUUGGGUUCCAGGGAACAGAUGUGCCGGAUCAAACCUGGAGUUUCCACUCUUAUUGCUGGAGAAGGGAUAUAAAAAUCUAGUAGUGAGUUAUUUCCCUGUUAGUUGUCAGGGCUUGAAUGGAAAACUGAGCUGCCCAAGAGACAGACUGUGCUUAGCUUGCAUUUUUAAGACCAGCACUAUUGGCUUUUCAACACUGUCUUGGCAAAGCAGCUAUACAGUGUGGUCAGAAUCUGCCUUUGGAUAAAUACUCCUAACUUCCAUUGAAGUGAGGAGGAUAUAUUUAUAUCUGAGAGUAGCAUUUGGCCUAAUUAUUGUUAGUACUGUAAAGUCUCACUAAUUCACACUACCUGCCAGAUCCAGUUCAGACUACUGAAAGCUGUUAAUUAUUGAGUAAGCACUGACACACAUUUUAAAAAAAAAUCAGAAUUCACAAAACGUAAUUGCUCUACUCCUUUUCCCUUCCCUCCCAGUAUAACAAGUUCAUUUAAUUUUAAUUGCUGCUACAUGGUAUGUGAGUAAAUGUACCCUACUUUAUUUCUGAGAAGUAAUGAAGUCCUACUACCAUGAAACCUCCCUGGCCAUUGUAGCACAUAGUGGUGUGCUUUACUGAGGAGCUGAUUAAUGAGCUCUGUAGUAAAGCGCCACUGUCUAUACAAGGGCCAGUAUUAGAGCACAGUAUGUUAACUCUGCCAUAAGAUAGUAUUGUCGGGGACAGUAUUAUUUUAUGGCGGAGUAAUUAUCUCUGCUAAAAUGCUCGUGUAGACAGUGACUGGGGCUGGCUGGGGCAUGAGGGUGCAUAAGUGCCGGGGCUGUCUACUGCCCAGCCCUGCACUUUAGCACCCUCGUACCCAGGCCAGCCUAUCUGCUGCUCAACACCAGUAGCUGGAGUCCAGGGCUGACUCCCUGAGUCCCUGCCAGGCUAGGGCUGCUCCGCCCCGGCUCUAACCGCUGUGGUCCCAGGUGCACGUGAAGACGCUGCACCCAGGAACAGCUGACUCUGGCACGAACUGUACCAGAGUUUACCCCUGCAAAUUAAUUGGACUUGUAGAUGUGCCUAGUGAGAGGUAGGGUGAAGUCCUGGAUAAUUUUGGUGAGAAUUUGUGAUUCAAUAUAUUGAAAUAUAUUCAGGUUAAGAAAAUAAAUAUUUUUAGCUUGAACUCUCCUAAACUUGUUGAGAAAGAAAUGUAAGAUGCACAGUCAAGUAUUAUGUGAUUGGAUACAGAGGGCAUAUGGUUUUAAAGCUCUUUCAUAUAGUUCUCAAAAUUUCACAGUGAUUUCAUCAGCCCUUAAGGAAUCUCCACUUACAGUUUUCAUUUUUUGUCAUUUUCAUACCAUACCAGUUGAAGUUGCUAAUGCAAUCUGAUGGUUGUAUUUGCAGAACUGGGCCUUCAGUUUUAUUGGUUAAGACUUCUCAGAAUGUUCUCACAAUUUUCCUUUAUUGCGUGUUGCUGUUUUGUGUAUGACACGGGUAACAAACAAUCCAGUAUCAUUGAUUAACCAGAAAUGCUGUUAGUAAUCGUACAGAAUUGAAUGUUCCUUCUGGCUCUGCUUGUUGCUAAGUGUGUGAACUUAAACAUUUUUAAAUGACAAUCUGUACUAACUUUAUAUACAUAAAGACUACUCUUUACCCACCUACACACUUCCCAUUUCAUUCUAGUUUUAUUUGCAAUACAGGCAUAUGUUGUUCGCU